AUGACUGGAAAGAAGAAAAGUGGUCAUGCCAAAGCGGUAAUACGACAAAGAAAAGAUGCCGUAGAAAGGUCUCAAACCGGAGAUAUGAAUAAAGUGGACGAAUCGACGGGAAGAGGACUUUUUAAUAAACUGGAAGAGCUCUUGCAGAACCUGAACCUUGAUAUUCGUAAUGUUAGAGGGCAAGGGUACGAUAAUGGAGCUAAUAUGACCGGAAAGAAUAAAGGGGUGCAAAAGAGACUACUAAAGGUAAAUCCUCGAGCUUUUUAUAUGCCAUGUGCUUGUCAUAGUCUUAACCUUGCACUUUGUGAUAUGGCCAGUUCAUGUCCUAGAGCAGUCUCCUUUUUCCAAGUGGUGCAACAUAUAUAUAACUUCUUCUCAGGAUCUACAAAACGUUGGACGGUGUUUAAGAAACAUGUAAAAGGUCUUACGGUUAAACCAUUAUCAGAUACUCGGUGGGAGAGUCAUAUAGAAGCUAUCAAAGCAAUCCGAUUUCAAGCUCCCGAAAUACGAGAUGCCAUAAUAGAGCUGUCGACUUCGGCUGAUUUUGAUGCGAAGACAAGGGGUACUGCUUAUUCCAUAUUGACACGAGAGAUUGAUAAUUUUGAGAUUAUACUUGGUAUGGUUGUUUGGCAUAGAGCACUACUUGCGGUUAAGUCAGUGAGCAUUAAACUUCAAACCGAAGAUAUGAAUCUUGAUGAUGUCGUUACUAAACUAAAAGAUCUUGUUUCUUUCUUUAAGGAUUACAGAAGGAAUGGAUUUGAGGGGGCAUUGGAAGAAGCUAAAAUACUUGCAACAUCCAUGAAUAUAGAGCCUAUUUUUUAUGAGGUACGAGUACGAAAAAGAAAAAAGCACUUUGAUGAAAUCGAUGAGAUAGAGGAAGUACAACCACCACUGCAAGGUAUGGAAUCCUUCCGAAUUGAAUACUUCAUUUUUAUAAUGGACCAGGCUAUUUCUUCUCUCAAACGUAGGUUUAAACAAUUUCAAGCAUACGAGGAAACUUAUGGAUUUUUGUUUAAUAUAGAAAAAUUAAGGUCUCUUGAUGAUAGUACCUUACGGAAUUCUUGUGUGAAACUUGAAAAGUACCUAAGCUAUGAAAUGGAAUUCGAUAUCAAUGGGGAUGAGUCAUAUACGGAGUUGAAGGUUUUGCGAAGUUUUUUGCCUAACGAAACAAAAAAGGCUAUUGACGUGUUGAGUUUCUUAACAAAUAUGGGUGGCUGCUAUUCAAAUGCGUCUAUUUCAUAUAGAAUUUUAUUGACAAUCCCUGUUACAGUUGCAUCUGCAGAAAGAAGUUUUUCGAAGUUAAAGUUGAUCAAAUCCUACCUUCGAUCAACGAUGUCUCAAGAAAGAUUAAACGGACUAGCGAUGUUAUCCAUUGAAGCAGAUAUGCUAAGUAGUAUUGACUAUGAUAGUAUUAUAAAUGAGUUCGCAUCCGUAAAUGCGAAAAGGUCGAUCUUUACGUCCAUUACUAGUAUUGUAUCUUCUUGA